AUAUUCUGGGAGUUAACAUUCUAAAUUUCCUUUCAGUUGUAGCAGUUGAUCGGUAACCACAAAAAAAUUAAACAAAAAUUCAAAAAUUAUGACCAUCAGCAACUGGUACAAGUGGAUCGAUGUGGACUUCAACAGCACUCCACGUAGGCUAAGCAAAAAGCCAGAGACUAUUCCUCGCUGCGAUCAGUUGGACGGCAAAAUAAGGGCCAUCCUACUGGAGCAGAGCGCCAAUAUGCUGAGGUUUAGUCGCAAACAAGCCGGCGUGGACAGCCAAAAGCGAAAGCCGAAAAAACCUAAGCUCGGGAAACUGACGCCCAGUGUCUACGAAUUUCAGAAAAUUUACGAAAAUCGCAGGAAGGACCUCUGCGAGCGGUGGGACAGGGCCACACGAACCGAGAACCAGUUUCACAGCACUCCAAUGCCCAAUUUUAACCGCUUACACAAGCGCCUGGAGAAGAUGAGAAGUAGCUUGGGAUCUGGUCAAGUCCUGACCAAACCACGCACGCCCCAUACUCUGGUCAUGUCCAUGCAGGCUGAGUUGAGGCGUAAGCGUGAAAUAAAGGAACUAAAGAAGAAGACGAAACCUAAGUUCGUUCCAAAAAUCAAUCGGUAUCCGUUGCCCAAAUUGUACCGACAGCCCUUUAUUCCCCGCAUCGAGUCGUCCACUAUCCAGGUCAAGCCCUUCAAUUUACGCAGCGAGGAGCGGGGCAAACGUCGGAAACAGUUCGAUCAGCAAAUCAAUCGGAAGAUGACAGAGCGCAGUCAAAAAGAGGCCAUGGAAUGGGUCAAACGAGAAGAGGAAGAGUACUUGAAGCAGCGCCUGAAGACAGUAUUCAAGGCUACGCCUAAUCCCUGGAAACGCACAAAGGCAAUCACUGAUGCAAUCAGCCAUCAGUGAUGGAUCUUUGGGUAUUAGUUUACUGGUUUCCCAUUCUUUCCACUUUUAUCAGUUGAUUUUGGCUAUAACAAACAGACAUACCUGUACAAUA